GGCAAACGGCCUGCUGCUGUGCAGCACGCCAGCAGACAAAUUUCCGGCCCGGUAGGUCUUGUUGUGACCCGGAUCAUUAGCGAGUUGGAUUAUGCGGGGGGAACGACGGCGGCUAGACGACAAGAACAAAACCGGCAUGGGAAACUCGGGCGAAACCCUGGAUCCUGUGUAUCAGUCCGCGAGAAAGGACAAGAAAACAUCAUGAGGAUAGAUGCCGAAAAGGAUUUGGGCGUAUGGGUCUCCUCAAAAUUGUCCUUCUCACUGCACCAUGAGAAAUCCGCCCAAAAGGCAUUCGCCAUUUUACGGAUGAUCCGGCGCACCUUCUCCCGUAUUACUCGCAUGGACUUCCAAAUACUCUAUGGGGCCUACGUCAGACCGCUCCUGGAGUACGCCAACCAAGUUGUCUACUCAGGACGUACGAAAGACGUUACCCUCAUUGAGCGUGUCCAGCGGGCCGCCACGAGAAUGGUUGCCGGCCUCAAAUCCGUGGACUACGAAACGCGUCUCGCGAUGCUUGAUCUCUUUCCCAUGGAGUACCGUCGCCUCCGAGGGGACCCAAUUCUUACCUACGCCCUGUUUGAACAAAGCUUGGCAAACAGGUUUUUUACCGUUGACCCAGCAAACACCCGGCGAGGACAUAAUUGUUCCUACAACCUCGAAGGGAUUAACAAAGUGCCUGCAUCGCCGGAACACAACUUGGAUUUGGCCCCGGUGCCCUCGUACAUGCACUCGAGGGAAAAGACCUUUGUGCUUUUGCAAACCGAAAUGCGGCGGUACCAGUCAAAGUUGGAUGUUGAGGAGACUGAAGAGGGCAUUAAAUACAUCAAAGAUCAGUUUCAGCAAGCCCUUGCGACAAAUCUUAAUCUUCUACGCGUCUCUGCUCCAUUGUUUGUUCCAAACCGUCUUGGUCUACAAGAUGAUUUGAGUGGCGUCGAACGGGCCAUCUAUUUCGACGUUCGAUCUGGCGAAGAGGCGGUAAUCAACCAGUCUCUAGCGAAAUGGAAACGAAUGGCACUAGGAAAGUACCAACUGAAGCGUUAUAAGGGCCUGUACACAGAUAUGAAUGCAAUCCGGCGUGAUGAAAUAAUAUCACCUCUACAUUCCUACUACGUGGAUCAGUGGGAUUGGGAAAUGGUUAUUGAACGGGAUGAGCGAACGGAGAGGAAACUUGAAGAGGUGGUUGAGAAAAUCUACACAGCAUUCAAGCAAACAGAAGCAGCGGUACUAGCGAAGUAUCCGAUCUUUUCCAAAAAACUUCCAGAGAAGAUAACGUUUAUCAGAACACAAGAACUGGAAGAUCAGUAUCCAGAUUUGAAACCCAGUGAGCGUGAAUAUCAGGCCGUGAAGAAAUAUGGUGCAGUCUUCCUCAAACAAAUUGGGAAACGAUUGAAAUCUGGUGAAAUACACGACAGCCGUGCCCCAGAUUAUGAUGACUGGGAGCUAAAUGGGGACAUCUUAUUUUACGACGCCAAUGCCGAUAGGUGUAUAGAAUUGUCUUCAAUGGGUAUUCGAGUCGACGAGGUCUCGAUGGAAAAACAGUUGCGGGAAAGCGGUUGUGAAUCCAGAAAACAGUUUGAAUACCACCAGAAGGUCCUGAAUGGUGAAUAUCCUUUAACGAUUGGGGGUGGAAUUGGUCAAAGCCGUAUAUGUAUGUUCUUUUUGGAGAAGCAGCACGUCGGUGAGGUGCAAUGCAGUAUAUGGCCGGAGCAUGUGCGCCAGGAGUGUCUAAAGAACAACGUAAUGCUACUGUAAAUAUUUGCUUUUUAUAAUUUGCCUGAUAAUAUACAUGGAUUUGCCUGUU